CAAAACUAAUAUAGUACUAGAUUAUAAUGUUAUAUAGAUUAUAAUGUUACAUAAACUAUAGAAACAACGAUUCAUUUCACUGCAUUACACACCAUGGCUGACACUAAAAAGCUUCAUGUUGUAUUAUUCCCAUGGUUAGCUUUUGGUCACUUAAUUCCAUUUUUUGAACUUGCCAAGCAAAUUGCAAGAAAGGGUCACAAAGUUUCCUAUAUUUCAACUUCUAAAAACAUUGAUCGACUCCCAAAACUUACUCAAAAGUUAAUUUACUCCAUAGAUUUCGUUAAUCUUUCAUUACCUUUAACCAACGGUCUACCAGAGUGUGCAGAGGCCACUAAAGAUGUACCACUUGACAAGGUUCAGUACCUCAAGAAAGCCUUUGAUGGGCUCGAACCGGAGUUGACUCGGUUCCUCGAAGACUCGACCCCUGAUUGGAUCAUUUACGAUUUUACCCCUUACUGGCUGCCCCCCAUAGCGGGUAGACUUGGAAUUUCACGUGCCUUCUUUAGUACGUUUAAUGCAUGGUCUGGUGUAUUUUUUGGUCCGACGAAUGACAUGAUGGAUGGUAAUCUUCAAAGGAUCAGGCCUGAGGAUUUCACCGUUCCUCCAAAAUGGAUCCCUUUUCCAUCUAAUAUUACAUAUCGGCUAUAUGAAAUAAACAGGUUUUUUGCCCAUGGACAAGAAAAUGUUUCCGGUGUUUCCGAUUGGCUUCGAUUCGAGGCAUCAGUUUCCGGUUGUGACGUGUUUCUAAUUCGGAGUUGCACUGAGUUCGAGAAAGAAUGGUUAGAUCUCCUUCCCAAGCUGCAUCGGAAACCUAUCGUGUCAGUUGGCCUAUUGGCACCUUCGUUACAAGAUAACGAAGGUGACAAAGACGAUGAAUGGGGUUUUAUCAAUAAUUGGUUAGCCAUGCAACGUGAAAAAUCAGUUGUUUACGUAGCGCUAGGAACCGAGGCAACUCUGAGUCAAGAUGAACUCACUGAGUUGGCUCAUGGUUUGGAGCUAUCCGGUUCGCCCUUUUUUUGGGCUCUGAGAAAACAACAUGAUUUUUUAUCGUUAAAGUUACCAGACGGUUUUGAGGAGCGUACCAAAAAUCGAGGAAUAGUAUGGACGAGCUGGGCCCCGCAACUCAAGAUAUUGGAACAUGACUCGAUCGGUGUGUUCUUGACUCAUUGUGGUUGGGGUUCUGUUAUAGAAGGACUUCAAUUUGGUAAACCCCUUGUUAUGUUACCUUUUUUGGGAGAUCAAGCACUAAAUGCUAGAGGUUUAGAAGAAAAAAAUGUGGGCUUUGAAAUUCGAAGAAAUGAAAAUGAUGGAACUUUGACUCGGAACUCAGUGGCUGAGUCACUCAAAUUGGUGAUGAAUGAUGAGAAGGGAAAAACUUAUUGGGAGAAAGCAAAUGAAAUGAGAAAAAUAUUUGGAAAUAGAGAUUUAAGUUAUAAAUACAUAGAUGAUUUUGUUGAAUAUCUUCGUAAGAAAAGAACUAUGCCUUUAUAAGGAUUAAUUAUAAUGGGGCAUGAAUAUUAAUGUUCAUCUACUUAUUAUUGGACCUGUUGAUGUAGGGAAAUUCUCUCUUGUGUGGUGUAAUACAGUCAAACUUCUAUGUAACAUUCUUUCUCUAUAAUGAUAUUUAUGGUAAUAA